CCAUGGAAAUAAAGAAGUGUUCUCCUGCCGAGGUAUCCUUCUGGCUGUCCAGUGGUUUUGGGACAGGGGACACAAGGAUAUUACAGUCUUUGUGCCAUCUUGGAGGAAGGAGCAGCCACGACCAGAUGUACUUAUAACAGACCAGUACAUUCUCCGUGACCUUGAGAAGAAGAAAAUCCUGGUCUUCACUCCUUCCAGGCGGGUUGGAGGCAAGCGUGUUGUCUGUUAUGAUGAUCGAUUCAUUGUGAAACUGGCACACGAGUCUGAUGGCAUUGUGGUUUCUAAUGAUACUUAUCGGGACCUGCAGAACGAGCGUCCUGAGUGGAAGAAAUUCAUUGAGGAGCGUCUGCUGAUGUAUUCCUUUGUCAACGACAAGUUUAUGCCUCCAGAUGAUCCCUUAGGGCGACAUGGCCCCAGCCUGGAUAACUUUCUCAGAAAGAAACCUGUGGUGCCAGAACACAAGAAACAACAGUGCCCUUACGGGAAGAAAUGCACUUACGGAAUUAAGUGUAAAUUCUACCACCCUGAACGGAUCAAUCAGCCCCAGCGCUCGUUAGCUGAUGAACUCCGAGCCAAUGCAAGGUUGUCUCCUACCAGAAGUGCCAGUGCCAAGGAGGAGAAAAAGGGCAAAAGAGGUUCCCAGGCAGAGCUCUUGUGCUCUGUGUCCACAGAGUGUGAUAAAAGCUCUUUGCAGAAGGUCUCUGCAGAGAGGAAAAGCUUGACCCACAAAGCCAAGCCCAGUGAUGUUCCGCUUCAGGUCAAAGGCUCUGUGUCAGGCAGUGUCCCUCCUAGCAGUGGGAGCCACAGGUCCUCUGACAGGUACCAGCAGCCUCAUAUGGACUCUCUGUCUUACAUCUCUCAGGAGCAUCUCGACUCAGGCAUUGGGUCUUUGGAGAACCAACUGUCUGACAUGUGGCCUUACAGAUCCACCAGUCACUGUGAUCAUUCCCAUGCUGAUCAGGUGGCAGUUUGCACCUGCGGUAGUCAGAGACCUGUCUACCCGCAUUCUCCCAGCUUAGAGCAAAAUGCUAAUGCUGGGCAAUAUAGUCUGCCUAAUGAGUAUGAUGCCCCUCCACCCCAUUCUCGCGAGUACUGGUCUGAACCGUACCAGAUGCCACCUCCUCAAGUGAGAUCUACCAGCGUGCGAGAUCCUCGUUCAGUGCAGAGGGCCCCAGGGCCGACGUAUGGGGACUCCUGCCAGUGGGCUGUCCCUGACCAGUUCGCAGAGGAGCGGGCCAAUGUGCAUGUCAAGCUGUGUGGCAUAUUCCAUCCCCAUUUAGUUGAUGCUGUGAUGAGCCGUUUCCCUCGCCUUCUGGAUCCCCAGAGGCUAGCUGCAGAGAUACUAACGUACAAGUCUCAGAACCCAGGUGUAUGA